AUGGUAAAACUUGGCCAUGUUGUAAAGAUAUACUUGUUGAAGCAGGACAUUAAGAAGGAUAAACUACAAAUUCUGAAUCUAAAACUGAUGGUUGGGAAGGAAGAAAAUGGAUGUAGAAAGCUAUUGAAACAAGGUGUGUCAAUGUCGCAUUUGAUAACUCCUGUUCCAGCCACCGCAAUUUCCCCCAUUGCCAAACCCAACAAGCUUAUAUUUCCUACUUUGCACACGCCUCAUCAUGUCUUAGAUGAUACAUUUGUUCAUCGCAGGACCCUGACAUUGGGCUUGGUGGGGGCGUUGUUGGGAUUCAGUGUUGGUGACCAGAAACAAGCCAAUGCAGCAGCUAGAAGGCCGCCGCCACCGCCGCCAGCAGAGAAGAAAGACCCCAGUGUGAGUGGUGUCCAGGCGAAAGUAUUAGCUAGCAAGAAGCGGAAGGAAGCAAUGAAACAAGAGGUUGCCAAACUGAGGGAGAAAGGAAAACCUGUGGAUGGCUCCUCACCACCAUCUGAAUAGUUUGGUA